AUGUGCAAACGCUCAGCCCAUAAUGCAGCUAUUCGUGGGUUUGUGCGCUUUGGCUGGAGGUGGAGCUGGAGGGUAGCAGCUUUUGUGACCAUGUUUAACACUGUAAGUACUGGAUUGACAGUGUACAGAGACAAAAAUGCUCUGAGCCAUUUCGCUGCUGCAGGUGCUCUCACAGGAGGAGUGUUCCGGCUGAAUCUGGGACUUAGAGGGCUGCUGGCUGGUAUACCCAUAGGAGCUGUACUGGGGCUGCCGGCUGGAGUUGUAGUCAUUGGUCUGCAGAAGCUGGCGGGCGAGACCAUGCAUGACAAGAGACAACGGGAAAGACGAGAGCUACAUGAGCAGAGAGUCGCUGAAUGGAAUGCUCGUCUCAAGCUUACAGAUGAUCUUAUUGGAGAAAUGAAGUGUGAGAAACAUCAGGACACUGAUAAUGACCUUCAACGAAUAGAGGAGCUGCUCAAUCAACCCAGGAAUGAGAAAGGUGCAAAGAGCUCUGACAGCCAGUAACAUCAGAGACUUGACAAUUCAUUAACAAAAACCUGCUGAACAUUCUGACUGUGAUCUUUCUAGGAUGUUCUAAAUUCCUGGUACCUGCUCCCAGUAUUUCUGUCAGUCACCAUCAUUAUCAAUGUAAUACUUAUCUUCAAAUGCAAAUGAUAUUUAGCCUACUGCACUUAUGUGCAUAUCGCUAUUUAUUUUAAAACCUGCAGAUGAAGCUGAUGCAGCUGGGUAAAGUAUUUGGAUUAGACGCAUUUUCAAGUAACAAGUGUGUGUUAUUGUAAUUGAUUGGUCUAACCCAGUGGUUCUCGACCUUUUUUUUUCCAGUGGGCUGCACUAUGGUCCAAGUGCAAGUCUCACGGACCGCACGCAUAUCAUUUACAUGUUAUGUCACCAAUACAAAACAACCAGAU